AUGGAAGCCCUUGUCUCCGAAUUCUCGUUCCUCUCAGAUCAGGCACUUCAGGAUAAGAAUUUUGAUCCAUCUAAAAUUGAAGAUCUGAUGAAACUCUUUGAACUAGAGGCUUACAAGGCAUGGGCCGCCGUGGAGCUUGAACAGGAAAAAGAAGUUGAGGAAUCUGAGAUUUACAUGAAUGAAGCUGAAGGGUAUCUCGAUUCAGUCAUGGAGAGUGCUAUGGAAGAAUUUCGCCGUUUCGAGGAGGAAAUGAAUAGGGUUUCAAAUGAGGAAUAUGAAAGUUUGGUUAAUGUUGCUGAUGGUGCAAGAAGAAUGGGAAAUUCUUUGGAAAAAGCUGCUACUUUCGCUUCAAAUAAGUAUAUUGAAGCUGCUGUUAAUUCAGCUACUGCUUCAAUGAAAUCAGCAAUUAAGGCGGUUUCUUCUAAAGCGAAGAAGGUUCAUCCUUUAAUUUCUUCCAAUUCCCAUGAGAAAUUGGAGUAG